GCACCGGGUACGUUGAGAACGAGAGCGAAGAGCAGGUAAACUUUGCAUACUUUGAAUGAUCGAACGGAAAAGGCGGAAAAACGUCAUUUUUUUUCACGAUGACAUGAGAGGUUGCUAGCCGUUCCAAAUGCAGACCCCAGUACAACACAGGCAGCUCCGGUCUGCCUCACGGUCACGCGCCGAGUCCGCCAGGCUCGACUCUGUCAGCUCAGAUGUCAGUAUUAUGGAAACAGACCUAGACAUGGAUCCCUUCGCACAACACUUCUCAGCACUACAGGAGGCGGCACUGGUGCCUAUGAAGGAAGACUUGGCCGACUGGCUCAACAGACUACUGGAUAUCAACGUCUCUGUGGAUAACUUCAUGGAGGUGCUUGAGUCAGGUGUUGUGGUGUGCCAGCUCGCCAACUUCAUACAGCAGAAAGCUCAGCAGCAGGCAGCGGGAGGGGGGGACUCGGCCGUCCCAAAACCCGUCAGGUGUUUCAAGAACGCCAAGACGGGAAGCUUCUUUGCCCGAGAUAAUGCUGCCAACUUCCUGACGUGGUGCCGUAACCUGGGGGUGGCGGAGGCUUGCCUGUUUGAGUCGGAAGGGCUGGUGCUACAGAAACAGCCCAAGGAGGUCUGCCUGUGCCUGAUGGAGCUUGCCAGGCUGGCCAGCCACAAGUACGGGAUCGACCCACCAGGGCUGAUACAGCUGGAGAAGGAGAUAGAGCAGGAAGAGGUGAAGUCUGUCGUGGUGCCACAGAAAACGCCAGCCAAGAGAUCACCCAAGAAGAGACAGAAGACUUCAGGGACACUAGAUGACGAGGUGCAGCGAAUAUCUGGCACCUGCCAGUGUCACCACACCCCCUUCAGUCUGGAGAGGCUGUCGGAGGGACGGUACCGCAUCGGGGACAAGAUAGUGUUCAUCCGUAUGCUGCGCGGUCGGCACGUGAUGGUGCGCGUUGGCGGGGGCUGGGACACGCUGCAGCACUAUCUGAUGAAACACGACCCGUGUAAGAUGAUCAUCGUGGGCCGGGACGGGACACAGCUCGCCUCCGCGCCAGGGGGACAGGUGCACAGUAUGACUCCUGACAAGCUGAUACGGGAUGGGUUCCUCUUCUGUAGGGCAAACUACAAAACUCCCAGUAAAUAGAGCAGCUUGGAAAUGUUCCAACACCCUUAG